AUGGAAACUGGAAAUUCGAUGAGAAUUCGAGAAUUGACUGAGAAAAUGAGUUCGGAUCCAGAUUUGAGUACUGUGAAUCUGGAUGUAUUGACGUGUCUUGGAUAUGAACCAGUUGUGUUAGAAUUUCCAAAUGCAGAAAAACGAAGUGUUUGGGAAGCGACAUUGAAAGAUGCGAAGAUCAAUCUUAUCAAACAUCAAACAACAUCGCCAAUUCUGCAAAAUCCAAAAUUCAAUAAUCAAGCAGCUCGACCUGGUUUACAAUUAUGCACAGCGACAUUGGUUCCAGGGAAAAGAGCUGAUAGUUUUCCAUUAGUUUGGGUUUGUGCAAGUGACAAAUUCAGUGGACAAGUUUCGGUUUUGAAUAUUGAAGGAGGAGAGGUUGUUGUGGAAAGUUUUUCUGCGAUUGGAAAUGCAGCGAUUACAGCAAUGUGUACAGUUCCACCAACACAGUAAGUCAGAAAUAUUUAUUCAUUGGGUGAAUAGUAGACCUGAUCCAACCUCAAAUUUUUCCCCUAUCAAUAAAACAUUUUUUCAGAAAAUUCCGGAAACGAAAAUUGAAAUCUCAACGAUCUUGCGAAAAAGAAAGAAUAAUUGAUAUGCGAUCAAGUGGAAGUGAAUAUGAUUCUUCUUCUGAUGAACAAUCAUCUUCUGGUGGACAAACUACUGUUUGGAUUGGAAAUGAUGAUGGAGAGUUAGUAAUUUAUUUUUUUUUUUGAAAAACUUCAUCAUUUUUUUUUCUUGCAGAGUAUUCGUCGUGAAUUCAACAGAACGAAUUCGAAGUCGAGCACGUGAAAGACUUGCUCGUCUUCGAAAUAGUGUGACUUCAAUAUGUGCAGCCAAUGGGAAUGUUUAUGUUGCCACUUAUUAUUCAACACAAAUACAAUUAUUGAUGUUUAAAACAUUGGCUGAUGGAACUUGGGAUUUGGAAAAUCCGAUAAGUAUUUCACAUUGUUGCACACAACCGAUUUCGGCUAUGAUAGAUGUUGGAAAAAGAAUUGUGUUAGCAAGUGGAAAUGCGCUAUAUGGAUUGUAUACUGAUUUAACUGGGUGGCAGGUAAUAUUUUGGAGUGGGGUUUUUUUCUGAAAAAUUUUGAGAGUCAGAUUUUAAAUUUUGAAACAAAACAAGGUUUUUUUUUUGCUUUAAAAAACUCUUUGAACAAUUUUAACAAAUCUCUGAAAGCCUAAACGAGAUUUUGGGAAGCUAGAAAAAAAAUUCUUAAAGAACAGAAAAAUACGGAAAUGCAAUAUUGAAACAAUUGUUGAAUAAAUAUUGAGUCAACAAAAAACAUAAGAGCAAAAAACAAAAAAAACAUUUUCAAUUGUUAUGUUUUUCCAGAAAUCCUCGGAAAUCAUCCCAUUGACUGAUUCGAUUUGUGUGUUAACACUUGCUGGAGGACAAUUAUAUUUGGCGAGUAAAAAAUCAACAAUAAUUCAUGUUGUUGACGUAUUUACUCUUCGAUCUACAAAUCAUUUCAAUAUCGCUCCAUUUGUUCGAUCACAAUUAGCUGGAAAAGAAGACAUUUUGCGAGAACAUAAAAUGGGAUGCCUUCGAAUAACAACAUUAACAAUUGCAAGAUCUCAUUUAUGGAUUGGAACAUCGGCGGGAUAUAUUUUGAGUACUUCAUUAAAUGCUGCGAAAACACAGCCGUCGCCUGAUUUGAAUGUUUGUGAAGCUGCACAUUGUGGACCGUGUCGAAUUGUUAUUCCAAUUACAUCAAAUAGUCAUAAUACAUUGAAAAAACAGAAAAUGAGCACAAUGACGACACCUUCACAUCAAAAUUCAAAUGUACGUUUUCUUUUACAAGGGAACCUUUUUUACUCAACACUUCAAACCUUGAUGAAAUUUUGUCCAGAGACAGCUUUUGGGGUCGUAAGAACACCCUAAAAAUUUUAGUCUCCCAAUGGACCUCUGAGCCAAGUUCUGGGCUCUCAAAAACCCAAAAAAGGCCUAAAAAUGGUCAUAAAAGUCACCAUAGCUCCAUUUCAAAAAUUUUUUUGGGAAAAAUAAAGUUUCAGAUAUUGAUCAGCAUAGUCGAUUACAUAAAAGUACAUUAAUAAAAAACUUUAUUUCGAAAAAUUUUGAAGAUUCUUAUUCUUGGGCUGAAAAUUCAUGAAAAUUCAUAAGUGCCCCUGCUCAUUCUUUUUUCCAAAAUCAAAAAUUUUUCUGAAAAUUUGAUUUAUUGAUGGUUUUUGGGUAAAUCGACCACGCUGAUCAUCAUCUGCUAUUCAGUUUUUCAUAAAAUUGAUCGAAAGUUGAGUUAUGACGUGUUUUAUGAGCCAAUUUUGGCAAUUUUCGAACUUUUGAGAGCCCAGAACUUGGCUCAGAGGUCCAUUGGGAGACUAAAAUUUUUAGGGUGUUCUUAUGGUCCCAAAAGCUGUCCAUGGACCAAAUUUCAUCAUGAUUUGAAGUGUUGAGUAAAAAAGGUUCCCUUGUUAGUGGGGUUGACAUUAUUUAAAGCAAAUUGUCAUUUUCCCCACAAAAAAUUAAAAAGAAAAAGAAAACAACGACACUCCGCGUUGACGAUAGCGCGCGUGGUUUGAAUUUAUAUUUCUUUCAUUUUUUUCAGUUGCUCAUAUUAUCAUGUGGAGAAGGAAAUGAAGAACGUAAACCAAGUCAGGAUAAUGAUGUUAGUGAUUCGCUGAAUACAUUCAUAUUAUGGAAAUGUACCUAG